CAGCCAAGCUGUGUCUAUUCAGUGACGGCAGUGGGAAGGUUUUCCUGGGAUGUCAUCCUGCUCGCUAUAGAUAGCAACUCCAAAGCUCCUUAAAGAGAAACCUCUUACCAGUCACUUUCCACAAAUGGUACAUACACCUAAAGGUACUUAGCGAAAAUCCUUGAGAGGUAUUUAAUGCUAAAGUAGCUAGUCUCCUCAGUGUCUCUCUGAAGGCCACACGAACACACACAGGCAGGGUGAGGUGCAGGACAGCCCCAGGACCAGUGAGUGACUUUGCCCCAGCCAGGCUUUGCCACCCCAAGAGCUCGCCAAGAUGUGUGACAUGGGGGGCCUGGACAACCUGAUUGCCAACACAGCAUACCUGCAGGCCAGGAAGAGCACAGAUGGGGACACCAAGGAGAUGCAGAGGAGGCGCAAGAGCCUCUCACUGCCCAAGCCUGAGCAUUGCACAGAGGUCAGGCAGGCCCUCCCGGCUGAGUAUGAGAGCAUCUGCGAGCAGCAGCCCAUUGGCAAAAGGUUCUUCAGGGAUUUCUUAGAGACCAUGCCUGAAUACCUGGUGGCCAAGGACUUCCUGGAUGAGGUGUCCAACUGGGAGCUGGCGGAGAACAAUGCCAAGAGUGGCAUCAUGCAGAGCUUGGUCACCAAUUUCCUGAAGUCUGGCUCCAAGGGCUUCCUAGCCUUCAUGAGCCCAGACCUGGCCAGCAAGUGCCAGGCAGCCACCGAGAAGGACUAUGAGAGUAUCAUGCAGCUGGCCAAAGAGGAGACCAGGGCCUUCCUCCGGGACAAACCCUUCCAGGACUUCCAGAGAACCCCCUUCUAUGACAAGUUCCUGCAGUGGAAAGUCUUUGAGAGGCAGCCAGUGAAUGAGAAGUACUUCUACGAGUUUCGAGUGCUGGGCAAAGGUGGCUUCGGAGAGGUUUGUGCCAUCCAGGUGAAAAAUACCGGCAAGAUGUAUGCCUGCAAGAAACUGGAUAAGAAGAGGCUGAAGAAGAAAGGUGGGGAGAAGAUGGCUCUUCUGGAGAAGGAGAUCCUGGAGAAAGUUAACAGCCCUUUCAUAGUCACCCUGGCAUAUGCCUAUGAAAGCAAGAGUCACCUGUGUCUUGUUAUGAGCCUCAUGAAUGGAGGGGAUCUUAAAUACCACAUCUACAACGUGGGAGAGAGGGGCUUGGAAAUUAACAGGAUCAUCUUUUAUUCGGCUCAGAUCACCUGCGGGAUUCUGCAUCUCCACUCCAUCAGAAUCCUGUACAGGGACAUGAAGCCAGAAAAUGUUCUCCUGGAUGAUAAUGGCAACUGCAGAUUGUCUGAUUUGGGCUUGGCAGUGCAAGUCAAAGAGGGGAAAACCAUCACCCAGAGGGCUGGGACUAAUGGUUAUAUGGCUCCUGAAAUCCUGAAGGAAGAGAAUUACUCCUACCCUGUGGACUGGUUUGCUAUGGGAUGUAGUAUUUAUGAGAUGGUUGCGGGUCGAACUCCAUUCAAGGAUUUCAAAGAAAAGGUCAAUAAGGAUGACGUGAAAAAAAGAACCUUGGAAGAUGAGGUGAAAUUUGAGCAUGCCAACUUCACGGAGGAAACAAAAGAUAUUUGCAGGCUGUUCUUGGCUAAGAAAUCAGAGCACCGUUUAGGAAGCAGGAGCAGUGACGAUGAUCCAAGAAAACAUGCUUUCUUCAAAACAAUUAACUUCCAUAGGCUGGAGGCAGGCCUCAUAGACCCCCCUUUUGUGCCAGAUCCAUCAGUUGUCUAUGCCAAAGAUGUUGCAGACAUUGCUGACUUCUCUGAAAUCAGGGGGAUUGAGUUUGAUGACAAAGAUAAGCAAUUCUUCAAGAAAUUUGCGACAGGUGCUGUCCCUAUACCGUGGCAGGAAGAAAUUAUCGAAACCGGACUGUUCGAAGAACUGAAUGAUCCUAACAGAGUAGCUACUGGGGGAUGUGCAAACAGAGGUGAAGCCAAGUCAGGAGUUUGUUUGUUGUUAUAAAUAUCACAUCAUUAACAAAAAGGGUGAAAAUGCACCACAGAACUUUCCAGAUUCUAACAGUGUUUCAAAAACUCAGCUAAGCUGUUUAACAAGAACCGAUCAACCUAAAAUAUGACAUCAACAGGACAAGUAGGAGCAUAAGCUGAGUGGAUAUUCUACUACUUUGUUCUAGCAACAGAGAUAAUCUGUUUAUUGUGUUGGAAGUUAUCAAGAUGAAGAAUCAAGUUUAUUUUAGUGUAACCCCUCUGCCCAUCAGAGUUGGCAGCAACAAGGGCCGGGUUCAGUAUCUAGGGGUUCCAUUCCAAUAACACAAUGCAAAACCGGCUCGAGCCCCCACCCAGCGACCUGGGACAAUUAUAUACCACCCCCGCUGGGCGCCUCUAAGAGGCGAUACUUCUCCUCUCGCAAGCACAGAGUCUGAGUGUAGCAAAAGCCUUUUAAUAACAGAGAGAAACAAUGUGGCAUUAUGUUGAGGAAACACCACCACCAGGAUUCAUAACACAACCCAUGAGCAAAAACCCACCCCAAGCAAAUUGGGCCUUUGGUUCUUGAGUCCAGCAACCCAAAAGUCACCCAAAGUCCCAAAAGUCCAACAACCCCAAAGUCUCUGUCCCUGGUCAGUGCAGCCCCAGCGUUCAAAAGUUUAUCUGCAGAGUUUUACCUCUCAACCUGGGUGGAAAUGGGGGGGUUAAGGGGCACCUUACGUGGUCCGAAGCCAAUUGCCCAACCUCUCCAUGGGGCUCAGCCCUGCUCUGCUCCACCAGCCAUCCCACAAGUCGCUCUGUUCUGGCAGCCACUCUGCUCCACCAACCAUCCCAUGAGCUGCUCCAGCCAUCUUGCAAACUGCUCCGCAAUAUAGCUUCAGCCCCCCCCCACUUAACACAACGCUCAGUGAUUUCAGCUCUUAGUAAUUUUAGCUCUUUAGUGAUUUCAGCUUGUAGUAAGGGAGCCUCAGGGAGCCUUACACCAUUGGCCCAAAAUGAUUUCAGCUUAGCAGCCUGUAACUAAACUCCUGUUGGAAUCAAAACUAGCUCUGAUAUUCCACAGUAGAGAGAGAAGAUAGUGCAAUUGACAUGUUGGACCCUCACAGGGGGGGGGGCCUAUACUACCAGACAUUAAUACCUACCACCAGCCUCUCUCCCCUCAGUAGGUUUUGGAACCCAUGACCCUUGCCUAGCGAGUGCUGCUUAGUUGAUGGUGAGUCCCUCCAUCAUAACAAAAGGCCAAGUACAGUUCCACUGUCCUCGAUUCACAUAAUUAGGAUAAUAACAGUUUAUUCCUGCCCCAAUAACAGAGAAACUAGGGCUCCUACAGCAGCCAAAGUGACCAUCUAGGCAGGGUGGGUGUGCCUAUGCAAAUGAGAUCAGCCCCUGAAGUUCUUUUCCACAACCCACCUCUACUUGCCACCAGAUGUCAGGGUAGAGUUCAUCCUGACUCUGCUUACAUCAGGAAACAUAGAAGGAAAGCACUCCAUCACUCUGUGUAUGUGAACUAUGAAAGCAAUAACAGGGUGAGGAGGCACUUGUUCUGAAAAUGAAUGAGCCUGCCAUUAUAAUACACUCAUUUUCUUUCUUGAUCUCUCUCUCUCCCCCCCCCCCUUUUCUUAAUUCAAAUGUUUCUGGUUGUCCUAAAGUUUUCAAUAAAGGCUUUUAAAUGAUGAAGUAAUACUCUCAGUAAUUAGAUAAUGAAUUUGGACUUCAUGCAUCACAGCAAAUUUAAGAGUCUUUUGGCUAUCUAGAUUUCUCAGUUCACCUUAGUCACUGAAUGAUUCAGUAGUAAUAUGUCCAAGUUCUCAUUAAUGUAAAAAGUUCAGCAGGAAUAAGGACGGAAAGAAUAGGUCAAAUUCUCCUCUAUCUUAACUUAAUCAGUCUGAGAGUGAACUAGUGAAUUUGAGAAAAGAAAUUGACUUAAUAUUGUGUAAGCUUAUGCUUUUGAGUAGUUAUAUUACAGCUUAUAUGAAGAAAUUGAUGUUUGAUUGUGAAUGUACUGUACAUUCAUUUUUUUUGUUACCAAGUUCAACUUUCUAGCAGGUUUCCUGAUAUAUAUGUCUAUAUUUGGUUUAAACUGUAGUUUAAAUUAAACUACAAAUAGAUCACACCAGUUUGUAACUGGCCUUUAAAAAGAGAAGUUUCUAAAUAUAAUACCAAUGUUAAUUCAAUCAGCCACAAAAAUAAAAUACAUUGCACUAUUUUUAUAAGUGAUAUGGAAAAAUGAUGUAUGUAAGUUGAUAUAGUCUAAAUAUACAGUUUAACCAGUUCUUGAACAAAACUUUAUAUAUUUCUGUUUAUUUCUAGUUUUGAACACCCUGAAUUAAUUCGAGACUCAAUUCUGCAAAAACUCUAUAACAGAUUUAAUGUUUACUACCAAGAGAAGUCCUAAUGACUAUUCAUACGUUAGUAAGUACUAUACUAUGUACUAACUACUAGCAGAAUUAGGCCCUUUAGUCCGCCCAACUUCUGCUGAUUUCAAUGGAAACUGAUGGUAUUCAGCUCCUUAGAGCAUUGGGCCAUUAACACCCAGUCCUGCAUUCCUUACACAGGCAAAUCUUCUACUGAACUCAAAGGUUUGCCUCUGUAGAAACUACAGGAUUAGACCUCUACAUCUGAUACACAAAGGAAUUGGUAAAGAUACACUGUAUCUAUAACCACCUAUAAUGUACACUAUUUGGGUUUCAAUAACAUUAAUAAACUAUUAACAGAAUAGCUUUGCUCAUGCCAAAUAAUGUAGCUAUCAAACCGUAAGUUUCAGAUAUUAAAAAAAUAUUAUCUAACAUCACAGGUAAACAAAUAAAUUUGCUAAUAUGGUUCCUAACUUUUGUACAGAGAUGAUUAAAUAUAAAAGGAGUGGUUUCUUUUUCUUCUUUUAAAAAUACUUCUCCAAUUCUCUUCUUUCUUAUUCUGCAAGUUAAUAUGAAAGAUGUUAUACAAUAUCUGUUGGAUAAUUCUGUUCAUGAAUGCUAUUAGGGAAUCUCUUAAAGAGAAUCAAAACAAAACAAUAAACAACCACCACCUCACUGUAGGGGUAAAGGAGUACGCUGGCCAUCCUAUCAAAUUAUUGUAACUUUGCUAUCGGCCAAAUUUGGACUUGGGCUGCUCAUAUGGCAGCAAGGAUGGUCUUAAAAAGGUAUUAAAAAAUGGAUAGACUUGGAGAUGAAGGAUGAACUUGUGGUUCUAAAACAGGAUGAGGAGAGAAGGGAUUCCUGGCUCUGUCCCUGACUUCCAGUGUUUUCAUUUCUCUCUGCCUCAGUUUCCACCUCUGUAAAAUACCCUACUUUACAGGAGGGUUGUGAGGCUAAAAUCAUAAUCUUUGUAAAGCACUUUGAGAUCCUCAAAUGGAAGUUGCUAAAAAAUUGCAAAGCAUUAUUGUAUGUGCACACCAAAACCCUAUGUAGUUAGGAGGGGAAAUGAGUGGCAGAAACUUGUGGACAGAUCCACAGAAAUUGCAUUUCAGAGGUCCUCUGUAGCUAGAGCCACUGAGAGGCAUUGCAGAGUAGGUUGUAAGUGCUCUGGCACAUGCACAGUCUGACUCAGCUUCAUAACCCCAUUCCAGGCAGAUUACUCCUGGUGUAGAUUAAUCCUGCUCCUGGCAGGGUAAUACACAGCAAGGACUGAGAAUCGGGGUGGAAAGCAGCCAGAAUAUGGGCUCACAUUAUGCUACUUUUGUAGUAUAAACAUUUUCCCAUUAGGAGGGAACUGAUGUAUGCAUAGAACCAUAAUUUAACCCCUAAGGUAAAAGCACAUUUCACCUAAGAUUACUUUGCAAAACACAGCCCUUCAACACCUGGCAUAGCAAAAUCUAUUGCAAUACCUAAAUGGUAGAGUUUAGGACAAAGUUUCUCUCAUCACAGGCCCACAAUAUUAUAUGAUUGUGGUUCUAAAAAGAUCUAUUAUGCCAGUAAAUCCCUAAAGGCUGUGCAUUAGUAGGCCAUCAGUGAAUGCCUUAAAUGGGCUUUGUAAGCCACUCAAAGGAAUGCAUCAAUAAUCUACUGAUGCACAUCCUGGCAUGGCAUUUUGCUGAGAGCACAGAAGAGUAGUUUUACAAUUCAAUUUCUAAAAUCUGUUAGUGCAGGGAUUUGGACAGCAGGUGUUUCCAUGAUGAAGAGAAGAGAAAGAAAAGAAACAGAAAAAAAGCUUGAAAAUGCAUUUUCUUUAUUAUUUUCAAUAUCCACUUUGUAAAAUGUAUUAUUUAAAUGAUUUAGUGAAAUAUUUGGGUCCCUUCUCCUGCCCUUGCCAUUAACCUUGAUGUACUUUCAACAACAGUUUGGUGGUGGCUUAAAGGCCAUUUUUAACAUCUUGCUUUGUAUUAUAAAAAGCAAGGCCCCAAUAUUGCAAAGACUUAUGCAUGUGAUAACCAGUACAUGUUGAAGCCAAUGACACUACUCACCAGCCUAAUCUGCCCAAUCAGGGCAUAAUUUAGGAAUCACAUUGACCAGUUCCACAAUUCAGUUUUUGUAAUAGAAAGUAGGAUUUGAAGUACUCAGAGAAGAAUGACGGGCUGUCCAAGUGAUAUAUAAGCUAGUGGGGCAAAGGAAAAGUGUAUAAUUUGAAACUACCUCUCCUUCCCCUUUUGUCCCUGACAGCUCAGUGACCUCUCUUCCCUGCCUCUUUUGCAGGCAACUAUAAACUAUAUUAAAUUAGUACUUGUGGCACCUUAGAGUCUAACUAAUUUAUUUGAGCAUAAGCUUUCGUGAGCUACAGCUCACUUCAUCGGAAGGUGCCACAAGUCCUCCUUUUCUUUUUGUAUAUUAAAGUGUUAAUCUCAUUUAAAAGACUGAAUUAAGAGCCCAAAUGCAAUAAACACUACCUGUGAAGGGCUACUAACUGUCUUGGGCACGCCACAGUGAUUUCUCUUCCAGGAUUCUUCCAUGUGUUUCCUGAGAAGAGAAAUAAUGCUCCCUUUCGCAGCCUGACUGCUACUCUCAGAGGUGCUAGACAGUGGCAGGGCAGCUUUAACUGCACCAAGCUGAGUUGGGAGCUGGUGAGAGCUCCCAAACCAACCUUUUAAGUAAGAUUAUCUUCUAAAUUUACAUUUAAGAAAGGCAGCUACAAUUGUGGGGCAAGGAAAGGAAGAGGCUGCUUUUAUACCUGAUGCCUAUAAUGAAGUCAAUAUUUAUAGAGAUUAUUUAAUUGUGGUGAUGAAGUCUCAGCUGUGCACCAUAAGGAAUGUUGCAUUAGUACAAAGGCCCAACUGACCAAUCAGAAUCUGGCUUCAGGGAAGCAGUUCAACUUGCUAUUCUAUAUGCCUAUGGAAUUUCCUUACUCCAUAUCAAGAACAUAUUUUUGUCAGAAUAGUCAGUUUUGUACAAAAUCAAAAGUUUCCUAGUGAAUCUAACUCUUCUCAGGAUCAUCUUCCCCCACCUUCACAAACAAAUUUCAGCACAGGAGCAAGAAACAGUAAGUAAAAUGGGAGUGGGAUGAGAUUUCCCUUGGAUGUCUAAUUAUGGCUGAAGGAGGGUGUUGUGCAGUACGGCUAUAAUAAAUUAUUUCUCAUCUGAACACUACUAUUUUAAGAAUACAAAAUUUUUAAUAGUGAUCUUCAAAAUAAUGUACUUUUACUGUUUAAAUAUCCAAAUAGAUCUGAUUUUUCAUAUCCAGAGGUAAAAGUGAGGUGAAUAACUGAACUCUUGUCAUUCAUUUUAAAGAUUACCACUGAUCCUCUGAAGCUAGGAAAGUCUAUUGUAUCUUUAUCUGCUAUCAUAACAAUUUAAUAGCAAAAUGUUUCAAUGGCUGGAGUCCACUGAUACAAUAAACGGUUGUAAAAACUAA